AUGGGCUUUACACUGCCCUCUACAGACGGUCGCGUUGUCACCGUUCUCGGUGGCGGCGUCUUGGGUCGCCGCAUCGCGUGCGCCUGGGCCGCGUCGGGGUUUGACGUUGUUAUUCGGGAUCCCAGCUCGGAGCAGCGCAUGGCCGCCGUGCACUACUGCGAGACGAGCUUCGGCCAGUACUCGGACUGUGCGAAGCGCGGCUCCGCCACCGCCGCCGAGGACCUCAAGGCGUCCGUCUCCAACGCCUGGCUCGUCAUCGAGGCGGUCCCUGAGAAACUGCCGCUCAAGAUCUCCACCUUUGCCGAUUUGGAAAAGCUCGCGCCGCCCGACGCUAUCCUCUGCAGCAACUCCUCGUCCUACAAGAGCCGCGAAAUGAUUGACGGCCUGCAGGCGGCCACGAAGCAGCGCAUCCUCAACAUGCACUACUACAUGCCGCCCGGCAACCGUGUCGUGGAGCUCAUGACCGAUGGCGAGACGGAUGAGGCCAUCUUUCCGUUCCUCGUCGAGAAGCUCCGAGCGGUCGGGAUGCACCCCUACGUCGCCCGCAAGGAAUCCACCGGCCUCAUCUUCAACCGCCUGUGGGCGGCCAUUAAGCGCGAGGUCCUCACCAUUCUCGCCGAAGACGUGUCGACGCCCGAGGAGAUUGACAAGCUUUGGCUCGAGGUCUGGGGCGGCAACAAGAGCGGUCCCGUCGGCAUGAUGGAUGCCGUCGGCCUCGACACGGUGUCAUUUAUCGAGCAGCACUACAUUGACGAGCGCGGCCUGCCUAACACGCCGGUCGACUUCCUGAAGAAGUACAUUGACGACGGCCGCCUGGGCACCAAGUCGGCCAAGGGCGGCUUGCUGCCGCCCGGCGGUGCGGCUCUGAGCGUGGACAAUGCGGCCAGCAACUACGACGACCUGCACCUGCCGCUUCUCUACUUUCUCGACAUUGGACUUGCUGCCGACCCGCACGAGGCCUUAAACGCCGGCCGUGUCCUGGUUGGUGCCGCGGAUGAGCGCCCGCUGAAAGAGCUGGUGGGCAAACAGAACACGCCUGACGGCAUUGAUGUCGCUCUGUCUGUUGGCAAGCUCUUUUGGACGAGUAUGGGCAUCCCGAGCAAGAAUGAUGGUGCAAUCUGGAGCUCCAACCUCGACGGUAGCGAUGCCAAGGUUGUGAUUCCACCCGGAUCUGUGCACACCCCGAAGCAGCUCGUCAUUGACCAGGUCAGCUCGAAACUGUACUUUUGUGACCGCGAGGGCCUGCGCGUGCAUCGCUGCAACUUUGACGGCUCCAGUCUGGAGACGAUUGUCGAGACGGGUGAUUUCCACAACAAGGAGCACAAGGAGGAUCAGACACGCUGGUGCGUCGGCGUCAUUGUGUCCCCUGCGACGGGCAAAUUCUACUGGACCCAGAAGGGAUCCUCCAAAGGCAACAAGGGGCGCAUUUUCCGCGCCAACAUUGACUUUCCAAAAGGAGAGACGGCAAAGAACCGCACUGAUAUCGAGACGCUGCUCCAGGGGUUGCCCGAACCCAUCGACCUAGACGUGGACGAGGAAGGCGGCCAUCUCUACUGGACCGACCGCGGCGAGCUGCCUCUCGGGAACAGCAUCAACCGGGUGAAGCUGGAUGGCAUCACGCCUGUGCGGGAUGCAAAACUGACAAGCAUGCCCGGGAAGAAUUAUGAGCUACUGGUCAGGAACUUGCACGAGGCCAUUGGCAUCAAGCUGGACCUCAGAAACCGCCACCUGUACACGACUGAUUUGGGAGGCGCUGUGUAUAGGUUCAACAUGGACGGCACGGGCAGGAAGAGAUUUCCCGAGAUUAUAAAUUGUGAAAUAGCAACUGCAGCGUCUGCUUUCUCCCCUUUCCCCCCUAUGCUUCUGAUCGUAUCCUAUCGCACGCUUCGUGGCGCUUGCCCCCCAUCAGAACAGGUCCGCCAUUUCGUUGGCAAGUCGUUUCAAGCGGCGCUGUUGGCGCUUCUCAUCCGCCAUGCCGUGAAGUCGUUCUGCGAGCUCGCGCCUAUCCUUGGCGGGCAUCACGUCGGGGUCAUAGCACGACACCGCCAUCCAGGUGCCGCCGCCCGGGUGCUCGGCGCCGUCUACCGCUUCCACAAAACGGUCGAGGGCGCCGCGGCUCGGCAGGCAGACCCAUCCGUACCGGUGCCUGGUCUGCUUGGCGACGCCGACCGCGACCGGCUCCCACUCCGCAAACCUGUCCAGCAGAGCUUCCGCAACGAGCACAUCCCCGGUUGA